GGGGCUAAAGCCUAGAACCUUCUGCUGACUCUUGAGGACUCAAUCCUGACAUAUUGGGUCCACCCCACCCACGCCGUGCUGCCCUCACAGCACGCAAGGAAUCACGGCCUUCCAUCCCUGUCGCGCAGUUAUUUCGGCCGUUAAAUCCUCCGCCCUCCCACCGAAGUCACUAUUCCUCCCGCCGUGCCUUCUUCCUCCUCCCACGCCGCGAGCUCAACCCCGGAGCACGCACUCCCAAUAGCCAGAGAGGAAGGGGACCCAAGCCAAGCCACCGACCCACCCUCUCCCUCGCCUCCGUCACGUCGCGCACACUCGCCGAGACGUGAAUCAGAGGUGAGCCAGCGGCUGGAUCGAGAUUAGGGCUAGGGCAUGGGGGGAGGGGACGCCAACACCGGUGGCGAGCCCGCGGCUGCGCCACCGGCGACGCUGCACAUCCGGUGCACCAACGGGUCCAAGUUCGCCGUGCGGGCCGACCUGGACGCCACCGUCGGGGCGUUCAAGGCGAUCGUCGCCGAGAACUGCGACGUGCCGCCGCAGCAGCAGCGGUUGAUCUACAAGGGCCGGAUCUUGAAGGACGAGCAAACCCUAGCCAGCUGCGGUGUGGAGACAGAUCAUACCAUUCACAUGGUGCGUGGUGCUGUGCCACCACCAGCAUCGACUGCACCUGCAGCCAACCAAAAAACCUCAGCUACUACUACUGCCAGUUCCCCAGCAGCUGGUUUGGGAGGCUUGAUGCAAGGUCUGGGUGCUACAGGGGCUGGUAAUAGUGGAGGGUUGGGUUUAUUUGGCUCUGGCCUCCCAGAACUAGACCAGAUGCAACAACAGUUAGCCGAGAAUCCCAACUUGAUGAGAGAAAUAAUGAAUAUGCCACUCAUGCAGAAUAUAAUGAAUAGUCCUGAUCUAAUACGCAAUAUAAUAAUGAACAAUCCUCAAAUGCGUGAACUCAUUGAUCGUAACCCGGAUCUUGCCCAUGUCCUCAAUGAUCCAAGUAUCCUCCGCCAGACUGUUGAAGCAGCUAGGAAUCCUGAACUUAUGAGGGAGAUGAUGCGGAACACAGACAGAGCUAUGAGCAACAUUGAAUCUUCUCCAGAAGGGUUCAACAUGCUCCGUCGUAUGUAUGAAACUGUUCAAGAGCCUUUUCUGAAUGCAACAACAAUGGGUGGCGAGGGUGAUAGAAAUCCGAACCCAUUUGCAGCUCUUCUCGGAAAUCAGGGGUCUAACCAAGCAAGAGAUACAGCCGCAAAUGCACCAACUACAGCUUCAGAUUCCAUAACAGGGUCGCCAGCUCCGAAUGCUAACCCACUUCCAAAUCCCUGGAGCCCGACUGCUGGAUCUGCCCAAGGAGCAGCAAGUCCCUCUCCUGCAAGCAACACAAGGAGUGCUACAACUGGUGGCCUAGGAGGGUUGGGUUCUGCAGAUUUGGGAAGUAUGCUUGGUGGUGGCUCUAAUGCUUCCUUCUUGAGUCAGGUUUUGCAAGACCCAACUAUGAUGCGGAUGAUGCAGAACAUUAUGUCUAAUCCUCAGUCCAUGAAUCAGUUGCUUAAUAUAAACCCAAAUGUACGUAAUAUGAUGGAAUCGAAUACACAACUGAGAGAAAUGUUUCAGAAUCCGGAAUUUCUUCGCCAGUUGACAUCUCCCGAAACAUUGCAGCAAUUAAUUUCAUUCCAGCAGUCUUUGAUGUCACAGCUUGGUCAACAACAAGCUGGACAGGAGCGUACGCAACCAGGCACUGGUGCAGGCAAUGUCAACCUCAACACCUUGAUGAGCAUGUUCAGCGGGCUUGGAGCUGGUGGCGGCCUGGGCGUUCCAAACACCCCUAAUGUGCCGCCGGAAGAACUCUAUGCAACACAGCUAGCCCAGCUCCAAGAAAUGGGUUUCUUUGACACACAGGAGAACCUCCGAGCUCUGAUCGCUACCGCUGGAAAUGUUCAUGCUGCAGUGGAGCGUCUUCUUGGUAAUUUGGGCCAAUAGAAUGCUGCAGUGGAGCGUCUUCUUGGUAAUUUGGGCCAAUAGAAUGCGAUGAUCAUACAGUGCCCACAUCAUAUGACCUGUAGUUCUCAUUGUGAGAUUGUGUCUGGUUCAUUGGUUUUACUCCCAGUCAGAUUCAGAGGCGGCAUCAAGAUUCUGUUUUAAAAUGAAUAAACGAGACUGUACCGGCGAACCUUUGCAUAUACAUGGGUUCCGGUGUCAUGGUUAAAAUUGGUGCUGUUGAUAUCUUGGGUUGUUGUACAUACAUAUUGAAUUACCGAGUUUUACUGCAAUGUACAUGACGAUGCGUUCUGGCGCU